ACCACUUCCUUCAGCCCUGGUUUAAGAGGGGAAAAAUGUAUCGAUUCUGUAUCCAGGCAUUCCGAGGAAUUUUCUCUUAUUCUUACCAUCAGCAUUUCUUAACUUUACCGUUGGGAGACUUGCAUCUCGUUCCUGAAAGACGUUAUAGUAAAAAGUGUUCUUCGAUUGGCUGAUUUUUAGCAUAUUGCAAUUUUCACAUUCCGAAAAUGCCGAAAUCCAAGAAGAGGAGUAACCGUGGAGCCAGUACAGAUUCACAGAUCAAGUGCAGCUCUCACCGGCAGCAUUCUGAUAAAGAAAAAGAGGCAUGUGAAGACAUAACUGAGGGAACAAGUCGCUUGGAGUCCUCUACGACUGCCAAAUGCAGGCCAUACAGGCAAGGUGGACAGCACAAAAGUGUGCAGCCUUUCAGCGACGAAGAUGUAUCGAUUGAAACACUAAGCCAGUGCAGUAACAUCAGUGACACUGCUAGCUUUGAUGAAGGAGCAGAAGUUGAUGAAGAAGCUAACCUUGAAGAGUUUGAGUAUAAGCUGAAAGGGUUAAUUGACAGCAUGCUGGAUAAGAGUGCUAAAACACGGCAGACAGCACUUGAAGGACUCAGAGGUGCCUUAACAUCCAAACUACUCUAUGAUUUCAUCACAGAAAGAAGAAUGACCUUAACCGACAGUCUUGAACGUUGCCUUAAAAAAGGUAACAGUGCUGAGCAGUGUGCAGCUGCCUCACUCGCAAGUCUCCUGUGCAUUCAGGUCGGAGCUGGAAUUGAAAGUGAGGAGGUUUUUAAGAAUCUCAAACCCAUUCUCAAGAAAAUCAUUUGUGACGGGACCGCAAACCUGCAGGCCAGAACUGCAUGUGUAACCACCUUAGGAGUGUGCUGCUUUGUUGCUGCAGAUGAAAUUUCUGAUUUAUAUUCAACAAUGGAGUUUUUAGAAAAUCUCUUCACUACAUCCUACCCGAAAGAGGAGACAAAAAAUGGCUUCCACAACACACACAGUACUUCACUUCAUAUGACUGCUCUGUUGACCUGGACGUUAUUAUUGACAGUUUGUCCUGCAUCAGAAGUGAAGAAAAUACUAGAAAAGCAUCUACCAAAGCUUCCAAGUCUAUUGUCUUGUGAGGAUGUAAACAUGAGGAUCACCGCUGGUGAAACCUUGGCUCUGCUGUUUGAGCUGGCUAGAGAAUUAGAAGCUGACUUUGAAUAUGACGAUAUGGAUCUCCUCACCAAAAAACUGAAAGCUCUAGCAACUGAUGGAAACAAGCACCGAGCCAAGACGGAAAAGAAGAAGCAACGCUCUGUCUUCCGAGAUGUCUUAAAGGCUGUAGAGGAACGAGACUUUCCAUCAGAGACUGUCAGGUUUGGGCCCGAGCGGAUGUAUAUAGACAGCUGGGUUAAGAAGCUAACUUAUGAUACCUUUAAAGAGAUUUUGGGAUCAGGAGUUCAGUACCACCUUCAGACCAAUGAAUUUGUCCGUGAUGUCUUUGAACUUGGUCCACCAGUAAUGUUUGAUGCAGCUACCCUUAAAUCCAUGAAAAUUUCUCGCUUUGAACGACAUUUGUAUAAUUCUGCAGCAUUCAAGGCAAGAACAAAAGCAAGAAGUAAGCUACGAGACAAGCGGGCUGAUGUUGGAGAAAUGUUUUAAAAGCAUGCACAGAAAGGUCCAGCAUUUCCAAAAUUGUCGUCACAUUAAAUUUUAAGCAUUUUCUGUUUUAAAAUGAUAAAAAGAUGCCCUUGGACUGGAGUGGGAUGGAUAAACUUGUAUUUAUUUUGAGAGAAUAUUCUAUAUUACAAGGCAUUUUGCUUUUUAUUGUAAAUAGAUUUAAUGUAAAAUAUAAAAUAACUUUAUUGAACUAUAUAUGUAAACCACAUAGUGUGACAUUAGAAAAAAAUGUCAAAUUGUGUUAGAUCAUGGUGCUUACUUUUGUUGGGAAAAUUCUACUAUUUAAAGUGUAAAAGUAGCAGCAGCAAAACAUUAAACUAUCUAUGUCACAAAA